UUUAGCCCAUCCCCAUGUAUAACCGUAAUUCAGCCCGUCACAGCAGCAUCAACUUACAUCCUCGGAGACUCCGACAGGCUCCGUAAUCAUGACCCAUACGAAUGGACAGGGCGUGAGAAGGAGAGAGAAAAUGGGCAUUUCCAGGAGACCUCUGCUGCUCGGGCUAGCCAUUGUAAUGGGUUUGGGUUUUAUUGUUUACUUCAGAUUAUGGUUCAUUGAUUACCAGAUUUCUGCUGAUGACCCUGAAUUGCUUAGGAGACAAUUUGAUCUUGCUCAUAGAGAAGCAGUGGAUGAGUCAGCAGAAUGGAGGUCAAGGUUUGAUGAAGAACGGGAGAGAGCAACUGAAUGUAUGAUGGAGCUUAAUGCGGUAAAGUUAUCCCGUGGUAAGUUAGCAAAGGACAUGCCUAGUGUUGAUGAAAGAGUUGAAAGGCUGAAAAAGGAAAACAUAGAAUUGCUUGGAAGGUUGGAAUCUUUGAAGAGGGAGCUUGAAACUGAGAAGUUGAAAUGCAAGUCACAAUAGAUUUAGUGCAUACCAGAGCUUUGUCCAGAAACAAGUAUCAGAACUUUAGGAUUAUUUUGAAAUUUCACCAUUCUGGAGUAGUGCUCACAAUUCUUGUUCGAAACGAACAGUUGUUUCAGCUGGUAUGUGAUGCCUGUUAGUAAAUUUACCAAUGGUGGAUUUUGAGCGAGUCAACAUAACUGCCCUGUUCCAGUGUGAGUUAAUUUCAGGCUUGUUCUCAUGAAGAUGGGUCUCAGUUGUUAUGAAAUGGGUUUUGUGAGAAUUCCUUUUUGUAUGUAACCAAAUAUCAUAUCAUUGUUGAGCAUUGUAAAAAUGUCAGCUAGCUCACCUGAUAGGCUGAUAUGCUAUUUGACCGUGAUUUUACCCGACAUUCAAAGUUGAAAUUCAUCCACAUGUACAUACAUAUACACUUCUGAUUGAAGUUGUAUUUUUGUUUACAACACUAA